CUGGUCGGGCCGGAGUUCCGAUUGCUGGUUUGGACGUCAUUCUCCAGAUUAGAUUCCGGUUAUAUGUAGCUGCGUUGAAGAUGUUCGCUCCGAUCUAGUCGACGUCUCCGGUAUUGGGCACCCUGUUUCGGCGAUUACAAGCCAAACGCUCGGGAACCCAAGCUUGGUCGUGGCGAAGAUAACCGAGUCGAGCAUCUGGUCGAGGAGGUUGGUGUAGGUUAAGUCGCUUCGCGGGUCGGUGUAGGUUUGGUUCCAUUUGAAAAGCGCAUAGUCGAGAUUAAUGUUCGUGGGGUCGCCAUUUGGUUCGGCUAAAGAACUGUAACAGAGGCUUCAUCACGGGUAUGGAGAUAUCGGACCAAAACGUUUCGUUCGAUGGUGGGAAGGACGAUUGAACGACAUCCAUGGCAACUGUAGUCCCAAUUUUGAUGUUUCUAAUGUUGUGGAUUUUGAGGGAAUACUUGAGUCGGCGCAUUGCUUGGACGAGAUCGUACCAUGUUUGUCGAUCUUGGUCGGAGGAGAAGCUGAAGAUUUCAUUGCUGACAAGGAGGUAACGAAUCAAGGUUUUGGGGUAGAAAGGAACGACAUUGGUUCGAACCCAUUCGUUUGCGAGGGACUGGCUUGAAGAAAUGUUGGAGAUUAAUUGAUUGGGAACCAUGAUUGACACUUGGAUGUUGGCCCUUCGAGGGCCUUCAGAAUAUCUGGGUUUGCAUCGUAGAGACGCGACUUUCGAGGGCUCUCUUCUCCUCUACCCCUCUUCUUGCCAUCUCCUCUGCCCCUCUUCUCAGAGACUCGAGUGCUAGUUCUAGUGCACAAGUAUGUUUGAAGCAUCUUAUGAAUGAGUGGCUUUUUUGACGGCCCUCUUCUCCUCUGCCCCUCUUCUCGCCUUCUCCUUUCGAUCGGGAUCACAAGCACCAACGGCCGGUUCUUUUUGACGUAUAAGCAGUGCACAGGCACCGCUCUAGUCCCGCGAAGGAAUAGCUCCGUUGUCGAUGUGUUGCCUCUACAUGCCCCGUCGUUCGUCAUCUUUGUCAUCAACCCCUUAAUUUCAUUGAUUAUGGAUUUGCUCCUCACACUAAAGUCACAGCAUGUUCUAGCCGCACGGGAAAAUCUUUCGUAUAGGCAAGAUCUACCUCCCUAUCCCCACCAUCUUAGAUCCGGAAGAAUCAUCUGGGUUUGAAGAACAACAUUGGCAGCGACCUGUGUUCGUGGUUCCGGACAAUCCGUCGACCAAAGUUUGCAGUUCAUUGGAAUUCCGUCUGAUGGGAGUGAGAACCAUAAAUCGAUGAAGACUUGUGACUAAGGCUGAGCUUGUGGGCGCAACAGAUUUACCUCCAUGGAAGAAGGGCAAAACCCAGCGAAGUAGUUGAAGAAGAUGAACAGUGUUUGAGGAUCGGAUACACAUUAAGUCGUAAAAAGGAUCGAAUUCGGACGAAACGCGCACAAAAUUCGUAUGGCGCUCCACAACCCAUCCCAGCCAUGUACCGAAAACAUCUCUUCAUGCAAGUGGGGCGCCUGUGGAGCGCUCUGUUAGGCGCCAAUUUGAACUCACACGCACAGACGAAUAACGUGAGGUUUGGCUGGGCAUUUUGGAAAUGACAAGGAGGCCGCUGAAAUCGUCAAUGUGAAAUUAUCCAAGAAACAAACCGUGAAAUGAAGGAAAAGACUGGAAUUGACUACCAAUUUCCAAUUUCCACUUCACCCCCUCACAUUGAAAAAUUCCUGUCUACGUUAUUGUCUGCCCGACUUCUGGCCUCUCUAGCGUUCUAUUUACGAUUUCCAUCCAUCUUUCCCAUGAUUGUUUAAACCCUAGUUUCAUCCCUAAGAUUGUUUUAGGUCUCCCCCUUUUAGUUUCAUGUUUGAACUGAUUUCAAUCUCUUUACCGCAUCUGUACUUCUUCUAUUCCAUCCAGAAAUCUUAAAUUUAGUUGGUUCGUUGUUGUUCUGAGCUAGUGUGGGAUAUGUAAUUGAUUUCCCUGCUUUCUGGUUUCAAUUCUCCUUCAAUCUUUGGUCCUACAGGCUCUAUGUCAGCUAAAAUAUGAGAUUCUCGGAUUUAUUCUCAUUUGAUAUACGGAUCGGUUGCGUUCGUGGGCUAGGAAUUUGUUGGAUCCGUAGAGGUUAGAGACCCUCGAGGAUGGACAGAAAAGGAGUUAUCACAGUAAUUAUAUUGAUUUUGAUCUUUGAUAAAGGAUCCGAUGCUUCCUUGCUUGGAAGAUUUAGAACAGUGGCGGGGCUUGCACCCAGGGUGAAGCUCCCUGUAAAAGAAGAGAUUUCUCCAUCGCCCAGCCCCACGUCUAUUUUGAAUUUCGAUCCUAGCCACCUCAAUCCCGAGAAUUCAACAGACGUGGGCCCGAAGGUCUCAGAUGGUCAGGCUGCACCGAGUCCACAGGCUAAAAUCCACGUAGACAAAGAUGAAACUAACCAAAAAGGAGAUGAAUCUGAUAGUCCUGUGGAUUCAUCACGAGGAGAGUGUGCAGUGGCACCUAACAGAUGCAUAGACAACAAGAAAAUGGUCGCGUGCCUUAAACAUCAUGAGAAUGGACCCCAGGAAUUAUUCCUUCUGGUGCAGAAUGAUGGAGAGAGUACCCUCAAAGUAAAUAUUACAGUCCCAGCAUCAGUAAAAAUUCCUGUUAAGGAGCUAGAGAUACCCAAACACCGAGUGAAAAAGAUCAAGUUCUCAGUUAGUACCUCAGAAACUCAUAAUAUAGUAUUAAAUGCUGGAAAUGGGGAAUGCGUGCUUCAUAUGGUAUCACCUGUAUCUGAAGGGUUUUUCCAGCGAAUCCCCUCUUACACCACCCUUGUGUCACCCAUCUAUGGUGCCUACUUGUUGUUUAUAAUUGCUUUGAUUGUUGGAGGGACAUGGGCCUGCUGUAAGCUAGGGAAGAGGCGGCACGGUGAUGGUGGAAUCCCAUACCAAGAACUUGAAAUGGGGCUGCCGCAGACUGUUUCAGCUGUAGUUGUGGACACAGAGGAUGGUUGGAAUCAGGAUUGGGGUGAUGAUUGGGAUGAGGACAAGGCAGUGAAGUCAGCAGGGGGACUCCAGGCUGGAAAUGUGUCUUCAAAUGGCCAUACUUCCAGGUCAUCCAGUAGAGAUGGAUGGGAAGUCGGAUGGGAUGAUUAGAGGUUUUUUGGACAAAAAUGAAUGGGAUUUUUUUUUUUUUUUUGUUGAGGAAAAAAUGAAAAGAAAUGACAGAAAUAGUUACACAUUAGAUUUUUCAAUAGCAAUAUGUUGAUUUUCAAAUAAUAAAUAGAAAGCAGUUUUGGCGAUAGUUGGGUGGGAAUGAGGCGUUCUUUUUUUUUUUCAUCUGAUAGGUAAGAGGAGAUGUGCGUCCAAAAGCAAAUCUAUAAUUAUAUUCACCGUGAAGAUCCCUUGAAGUUGGAUUAAAUAUUGCCCUGACAACUCAUGGUAGUAAUUCUGAUUUAUAACAAUUUAGUAUGAAGUGUGAACAUCAUAUGGGUAGAAUGAUGAAAUAUCACAUUAUCAUGUA